UGUACUGGGAUAAGUGGAAAGGGGCUCAGCAGGGAUGUGCAUCUGAGUAUUUUCUUGGGAGUUCUCCUCUGCUCUACCGAACAUGAGUGGGACUUAUGAAAAGAAAAUGGCUAUUUUGACUGACCUGUCAACCUCCUUAAGUUGCAAUGCUAUCACCAAGGACUCACCGACCCUACCAGAGUCAUCAGCAACCGAUAUGGGCUACUAUAGUGGUCAAAUGACUGCCGCCCAACAUGACUACUUCCAGAGCCAAAGCUAUUCCCAGUCGUUUAGUCCUUAUGGCUACCACCAUCAUCCCCAAUUUAAUCUCAGCGGGCUAGUAGGGGCCGAAGGCUUCUUACCAAAGGAUGAUUAUCCGUACGGAGCUGCAUACCGAUCGUAUGGACAUUACAGAGAACCUCCGGCCCAGGAGACAGUAUCAGUAAAAGAAGAGCCAGAAACAGAGAUCCGAAUGGUCAACGGAAAACCUAAGAAGGUCCGGAAACCCAGAACUAUCUACUCCAGCUAUCAGCUAGCGGCUCUGCAGAGGCGGUUUCAGAAGGCCCAGUAUUUGGCUUUGCCAGAGAGAGCAGAAUUGGCUGCCCAACUGGGGCUUACACAGACACAGGUGAAGAUCUGGUUCCAGAACCGGAGAUCAAAGUUCAAGAAACUUUACAAGAACGGAGAGGGACCUGGUUUGGAACACAGUCCAAAUAACAGCGACUCAAUGGCAUGCAAUUCCCCUUCAUCCCCCUCAAUGUGGGAGAAUAGCAGAAGCCGAACCCCUCAGCAGCAAAAUCUUCCUCACUGCUCUUCCCCCAGUUAUAUGGAGAACUAUAAUCCAUGGUUCACACAACAGAACCAACCUGGAUCUCACCUUCAGCCUUCCGAACCCUUGCAUCCGCCACCACCCAACCCAGUGUACUAACUAAGACUUUGGGGAAACUCAAAUGAGAACUGUCUUGAAAGGGUCACUUCACUAUUUAUAAAGGGUCUCUACGGACUGAAUUAAUGUCGUUUAAAUAUCUAUAAAUGCCUAGGAUCCACUGCAAAGCAAUAAUAUGACUCUUGAGAUGUUGGGUUUUAAGUGGACAACUGACAUGGAAGCACACAAUUUGACAUAUGAGACAUCUUAUUUGUCCACCAUAAAUUAAAGUAAAUGGUGCAUGUUCAUUUGGAAAACAUUAAAUUAUAUUGGUGGACAGUUGACAAGACAUUUGCAAGGCCAACUCCACAACCCGUUCUCCUUUGAUGGUAGAAUACUACGGACAAUGAAAACCAUAUUUGAUCUAUUUGAUUGCUAAUAAAAAUAA